AUGGAUGUGAUGUUAGAUAAAUUUGCAAAUGCUUCCGAACAAGUGGCGCCUUUACUGGGUAAUCAAACUGCACCGGAAAGAGGUUCUGAAGAUGCUUCAGUUGGUUGGGGGAUACUCUGCACCAUCUACGUUACAUACGCCACGAUCAUUUCGGUGGGUCUUCUUGGAAAUGUGAUCCUCAUUAAAGUCUUCUUCAAGAUCAAAUCAAUGCAGACUGUCCCAAACAUUUUCAUCACCAGCCUGGCUUUUGGCGAUUUGCUCCUUCUGUUAACCUGUGUGCCGGUUGAUGCUGCUUGUUAUAUUGUGGAUACCUGGCUGUUUGGAAGGGUGGGUUGCAAGCUAUUGUCAUUUAUUCAGCGGACGUCUGUCGGAGUGUCGGUCUUCACUUUAACCGUGCUCAGUGCUGACAGAUACAAGGCGAUUGUUAAACCCUUGGAUUUGCAAAGGGCUGAUGCAGUCCUGAAGACCUGUGCUAAGGUGGCUUGUGUUUGGAUCAUCUCCAUGUUAUUAGCUGUUCCAGAAGCUGUGUCCUCGGAUCUAUACGCCUUCCAGCUUCCCGAGAAAAAUGGCUCAUUUGAAACCUGUGCGCCUUACCCAGUGUCUGAGAGAAUCCUUCAGGAGGUUCAUUCCCUGGUUUGCUUCUUGAUAUUCUACAUCGUACCACUAGCUAUUAUAUCGAUCUACUAUUUUCUUAUCGCCAAAACACUGUACAAAAGUACAUCCAACAUGCCGGCAGAAGAACACGGCCAUGCUCGCAAGCAGAUUGAAUCCCGUAAGAGAGUUGCCAAAACUGUGCUGGUCUUAGUUGGCUUGUUCGCCUUCUGCUGGCUUCCUAACCACAUCCUUUACCUGUAUCGCUCAUUCACCUACCAUGCUUCAGUAGAUACAUCUGCCUUCCACCUUCUUGCCACUAUCUUCUCCCGGGCUUUGGCCUUUAGCAAUUCUUGUGUCAACCCCUUCGCACUCUAUUGGCUGAGUAAAAGUUUCCGCCAGCAUUUUAAGAAAGAGGUCCAGUGUUGCAAAACCAAGAUCCCUGCACGACGUUCCAGCAUCACCCAGAACUAUACUCCUAGCAGGGCUAUGUCGGUCACAGGCUCAGAAAUCAGUGUCACUUUGCUAACAGAUUAUAGUAUCACAAAAGAAGAAGAGAGCGUGUAA